AUGGAGUGGGCUUCCUGCUAUCUCCCGGACCACGACGAAGACGCGCACUUCGGGCACGACGAGGCCGGCGUCCUCGGCGUGGCGGACGGCGUGGGAUCGUACCGCAAUCGCGGCGUGGACGCAGCCGCGUUCUCACGAGGGCUCAUGACGAGCGCCUUCAUGCACGUCCUGGCGAUCGAGCCCGGCACGCCCGUCUGCCCAUACACGCUGCUGGAGCGGGCGUACGACGAGACCGUCGCGUCCGCCGCGUCCGGAGCAUCCACGGCCGUCAUCCUCUCGCUAGCCGGCGCGACGCUCAGGUGGGCGUACAUCGGAGACAGCGCCUUCGCCGUGCUCCGGGGCGGCAACAUCGUGCACCGUUCGCGGGCGCAGCAAAGCCACUUCAACUGCCCGUUCCAGAUCAGUGCCGGCGGGAAGGGGGACAGCGUCGCGAAAGCGGACGUCGGCGAGAUGCCCGUGAGGGAUGGAGACGUCGUCGUGGCUGGGACGGACGGGCUGUUCGACAACGUCUUCGACAUGGAGCUGGAGCGGGUAGUUCGGAUGGGCACGGCGCACGGAUACUCGCCCAAGAACAUGGCGGACGUCAUCGCGGGCAUCGCGUACGAGAUGUCGCGGAGCCGAACGAAAGUCUCGCCGUUCAGCACUGAGUACCAGAAGCAGGCCGCCGGGGUCGGGUUCCACGGCGGGAAGCCGGAUGACAUCACCGUUGUCGUCGCCUUCGUUCGGGAUUUGUCGUGA